CGGAGGUUGGGAUUCAGGCGCCGGACCGUUAAAGAUGCUCUAGCGGUUGGACAGUUUGAGUGACCCUCAGCAUCCUUUGCCUGGCUAUGCAGUCGGUGGACACUCCGGUUCUGGCCAAGACGCCCGCCGUGGCGCUGUCCCCGGACAGGACGGUGGACCUGAACCAGACCGUCUGGGGCACGGCCAACAGAAGUUUGGCGGAUCAGCACAAGUUCAGCAGCCUGGAGGACAUCGACGUGUCCGCCGACGGCAGCCCCGCGCUGCGGAUCUUCAUCUCCACCGUGUACUCUGCCGUGUGCGCGGUAGGAUUGGUUGGCAACCUGCUUGUGUUUUUAUUGAUGAAGAUCAAGCAUGGGCGCAAAACCAACGCGGUGAACUUCUUCGUGGUCAACCUGGCCGUCACGGACUUCCAGUUCGUCCUCACAUUGCCCUUCUGGGCCGUGGACACUGCGCUGGACUUCAGCUGGCCGUUUGGAGACGCCAUGUGCAAAAUCAUCCUUUCGGUGACGGUGAUGAACAUGUACGCGAGCGUCUUCUUCCUCACGGCCAUGAGCAUCACGCGUUACUGGGCAGUAGCCUCCGGGUUAAAGCGCAGGGGCGCGCGCCGCUCCGGCGUCUCCGUCAAGUGGGUGUGCGCCGUACUCUGGGUUUUGGCCACCGUGGCCACGGCACCCACAUCGGUGUUCUCCACCGUGACCGUGGUAGCUGGAGAGAAGCUCUGCCUCCUCCGGUUCCCCGAGGGCCACCACUGGCUGGCACUGUACCAUCUCCAGAAGAUCCUCAUCGCCUUCAUCCUGCCCAUGAUCAUCCUCUCCAUCUGCUACCUGAUGCUCCUGAGGUUCAUCAGGCGCAGGAGCAUGAAGAGCAGCCGACCGCGGAGGAGGUCCACCGUCACCAAAUCAGUCACUGUGGUGGUCCUCUCCUUUUUCAUUUGUUGGAUGCCCAACCACGCCAUCACGCUGUGGGGCGUUCUGGUGAAGUUUAACGCGGUCUACUGGGACAAAACCUACUACACGGUCCACACCUAUGUGUUCCCGCUCACCGUGUGUCUCGCGCACACCAACAGCUGUUUGAACCCGGUGCUGUACUGCCUGAUGCGCAGGGAGUUCAGGAAGAUGCUGAAAAACCUGUUCUGGCGCUUCUCCGCUCCAUCCGUCUCCAACGGAGGCACGGUCCACCCGGAGCCGGACGACACGCACUACCGCAUCCCACUCAACACCGUCGACACCGAGCUCUGCCAGAUCUCCACCCCUCCCGUUAAACUGCUGCCGCCCGUCGCCUCGUGCUCCUAUUUUGAGCGCGCGCCCUCCGAAAAGGAUUAAUCAACCCAGCCACGCGCAAAAAACAGAGAUGUCCAGACUCUCGUGCUUUAUCAGAUCCGUUUGCCCUGAUACUGGUGAUGAAAGCUAUUUUAUUUAUUUAUUUAUUUUUCAUACCUUAACUAGUUUUUCAAAUUUUGAUUGUUUCGAUUUAUUUAUUUGCUCGUGUGUCCCCUAGUUAAAUUAUUGUUUUUUUUUAUUUAGACUUUUGUUUGAUUGUUGUAUGUGUCCUAAAUAAAAUGAGCGAUUUAAUGUAGAUGUCCAAAGGUUUAUGUGGCCACUUCUGUGUUAAUUUUUUUAUUUGUUACAUAUAAAGAGAUCUGUUUGCUCAAAUGUCGAAGAGGAGUAAUCCAUAUCAUAUUUAUUCAAUGAUUUAGUUGAACAUUUAUUUAACUAUUUAUUAUAUAUAAAGUAAUUGGUGGAUUUGUCGAAAAUUCGAUGUUGACCGGCCUGGAAUUAUCUAUUUGUUUGUUUAUUUUUUAUUUGCUUGUUUGUUUAUAAAAAAUAAUAAAUGGGUUGCCUUUUUGAAUAUGUUUGUUCAAAUGUUGAUUUAAGAUGCCCCCUUCUGGAUUUGUUUAUUUAAUUACUUAUUUGUUUGUUUGUUUUUUGGUAUAAACAAAGGAGAUUUUUAACUGGCUUUGUUAAUUCAUGUGGCAAUUAUACAUAUAUGAUUAUACAUUUUAAUUAUCAGAUUAUUUGUAAAUAAAGGCCACUAUUUGUAAUAAAUCUGUUCGUCCAAAAUGUUGAUUAGGAUUUGUUUGUUUAUUUGUUUGAAUCAAAUCCUUAUAUUGGAUUUGUUUGCCUGAAUGUGGCCUUGUGGGACAUCAGUUUUUUUUGUUUCUUUUUUUUCCGGUUGUAUUUUUCCCUUCUGCAGACAAACAGUUCUGGGCAGCGGGUAUCUGACUGGGAUCUUGAUGAGGAUUGUUGAUUUAUUUAAAUGAGGUAAAUUGUUUUGUGUACCCCGUGUAACCCCCACUAAUCUCACAGCGCACAAUUCAGCCUGUAAAUAUAAAGCAAGAUUAAAUGCUAUGCUGGAUUUAAUGUAUAUUUUGAACGGAACACUGAACAGAAUGUUGCUGUUAUCCUCUGUAUGUGUGUGUGUGUGUGUGUGUGAGAGAGAGAGAGAGAGAGAGAGAGAGAGAGAGAGAGAGAGAGACUGAUUGGAGCUAAUCAGGUCUGUCUCUG